UAUUGUCUGUUUUAUCAAACAAAAAUUCAAUAACUCUAUUUUAACAUGCAUCCAAUUCAAAGAUAUUUGAAGUCUCGAUUAUUCGUGCACUGUUUUCAUUAUCAAAAAAACUUAUAUAGAUCAGAAACGACAAUGACAGUGCGAGACGCAUUGAAUUUAGCUUUAGACGAGGAAUUAGCCAAAGAUGAAAAAGUGUUUAUUAUGGGAGAAGAAGUAGCCCAAUACGAUGGUGCUUAUAAAGUGACAAAAGGCCUGUGGAAAAAGUACGGGGACAAAAGACUUAUAGACACACCUAUUACGGAAGCAGGAUUUUGUGGAAUAGCAAUUGGAGCCGCUUUAGGAGGACUGAAGCCUAUAUGCGAAUUUAUGACUUAUAAUUUCUCGAUGCAAGCUAUCGAUCGAGUUGUUAAUGGCGCGGCCAAGUCUCUGUACAUGUCGGCAGGACGCUACUCCGUUCCAAUUGUCUUUCGUGGACCUAAUGGCAACGGUAAGGGUCUCGCUGCUCAGCAUUCUCAAUGUUUCGCCGCAUGGUAUAUGCAUGUUCCUGGUUUGAAAGUAAUGUCACCUUGUACAUGCGAAGAUUAUAGAGGAAGCCUUAAAGCAGCCGUAAGGGAUCCAGAUCCGGUUGUUAUUUUAGAGAGUGAAUUAUUGUACAACGUGAAAUUUCCAUUAACGAAUGAAGCGCUGGAUGCCAAUUUUACUAUUCCCAUAGGGAAAGCAAAAAUAGAAAAAACUGGUAAACACAUCACUUUAAUAAGUCACGGUCAGGCUACUUUAUAUACCAUCAAGGCAGCUGAGAUGCUCGCUGGCGAAGGUAUCGAGGCAGAAGUCAUUAAUUUAAGGUCGCUGAGACCUUUAGACUGGGACACCGUCUUCAAAUCCAUAGAAAAAACACAUAAAUUAAUGACGGUUGAACUUGGAUGGCCAAGAUGUGGUGUCGGCGCCGAAAUUGUUGCGACAAUAAUGGAAAAUCCAGUAUUCUUUCAAUUAGAUGCACCAGCUGUAAGAUGCACGGGUGUCGAUGUGCCUAUGCCUUAUUCGGAAAAAAUUGAACACGACUGUACGCCAAAAGAAACACACAUCGUGGAAUUUGCCAAAAAAGUGUGCGGUACCAGUAUUUAACGGUAGAUAAAUUGAAUCCAAUUUACUUUUGAAGUGUUUAGGUAGAAGAUAUUAAUUUAAGAUAUAUUUUAA